AUGACCAAGGGUACGACAUCUUUUGGUAAACGUCACAACAAAUCUCACACGCAGUGCAGGCGAUGUGGUCGUAAGUCCUACCACAUUCAAAAGAAAACCUGCGCUGCUUGUGGGUACCCUUCUCCCAGGAUUCGUAAGUACAAUUGGUCUGUGAAGGCUCGCAGAAGAAAAACUACGGGGACGGGUCGCUGUCUUCAUCUUAAGGCAGUUCAUCGCCGAUUUAAACAUGGAUUCAGGAGUGGCCCCCCAAAGGCAAAAGCUGCUAAAUCCAACUAG